AAUCGGCGAGAUAACAUGUCCGCCAUCGGCCAUGUCCGCCAAUUGUCCGUUUCGCGGAUACUCGCGGGAGAGAUUGGGCUUGUCAAUUACCAGCGCUUCAAUUUUUUAACAAUUACAGCCGGUCGGAUGGCACUCGCGUCAAAUUAAUUGCGUGUAAUUAAUCCCCGAUGGAAAAUGAGUUUCUCCGUGAAGAAAACGGGCGGCAGAAUGUGGCACGAAGCGCGCAAGCAGGAAAAGAAGAUCCGCGGGAUGUUAGUCGAUUAUCGGCGCCGAGCGGAACGUCGACGGGAUUAUUACGAGAAAAUCAAAUCAGAUCCUACACAAUUUCUCCAAUUACAUGGUAGACCCUGUAAAAUACAUUUAGAUCCAGCAAUAGCAGCAGCAGGUGACAGUCCUGCAAACAUGAUGCCCUGGCAAGGCAAUGAAGAUAAUCUUAUAGAUCGUUUUGAUGUGAGAGCACAUCUGGAUUGGAUACCUGAAGCACCUGAUACAAUUGAUGUUGAUAUUGCUCUGACAAGUGAAGACAGACAUAUCAAUUACGAACGCUAUCGUAUAAUUGUACAAAAUGAGUUUCUAGGCGUGACUGAAGAAAAGUUCCUUCAUCAAAUAUAUCUAGAGGAACAAUUCGGUUCGUCCACAAAAUUAGAUUCUGCAAAAGAUAAGAAAAAAUCUGCAAACACCGCAGCUAUUGGAUAUAAUUAUGAAACGGAAGAGCCAAUACCUGAGACAGUAAAACCAGUCGAUUCAACUGCCUCGGAAGACAAAGGAGAUGACGAGGAUAGUGAUAUAGAUUUAGACAUAUGUGUAGAUGUCUCACAAAUAGAAGCAUCUCAGGCGCACGAAAUGAAUUUAGUAGCUCAAAAGUAUGGACUUUUAGGUCAAGAUUACUUUAGCUUUUUAACCCAAGAUUUUGAAGAAGCCGAAACUUUGCGACAAGCUCGUAAACAAGAAGAAGAAAAAGCUAUGUAUUCGGGUCGGCGAUCGCGUAGGGAACGACGUGCGUUUAGAGAAAAAAAAAUGAUAGGUCGUGUUAUGAGCCCGCCGAGUUAUGCAGCCAGAGAGAGUCCCGAAUAUAAUCCUUAUAGAAAAUCGUCUUCUAAAUCGCGAUCGCGAUCUGCAUCGCCCGUGAAUACGGGUCAGAUUACUUACAUUACGAGCUUCGGCGGGGAAGAAGAAACUCACGGCAGCACAUCGCAUGUAUCUUCGUCGAGCUCGAGAAAAGUCAAUUAUUCUCAUCUUAGACGACGAAGGUCGGACAGUCCUGCUUUCAAUGAUAGAACUAUCAGUAGAAAGUUAUCCAAGUCUAGAUCAAGAAGUUGUUCGCGCUCUGUUAGUAGAACAAAGUCAUACAGAUCACGAGAUAGCAAACGGAGUAGCUCGAGAGUAAGAUCUAGAAGAGCGCGUUCGAGACCGCGAAAGUACAUAAGAUCCCGAACAAGAAGCAGGUCUAGACGAUCGCGAACGCGUAGUAAAUCACGCUGUAGAAGUAUCGGUCGAUCUAGAACUCGUUCAACCACUCGAUCCAGAACGCGAUCUCGUUCACGUUUGAAGAAAUCAAGAACUUCAUCAUCAAGCAGUGAGUCGAAAUCGAGAUCGAGAUCUAAAUCGCGUAACAGAAGUCGCUCUAAAGACAGCUAUCGAAAGAGACGUUACUCGCCGUCGAAGUCAAAGUCGAAAUCGCGCUCGAGAUCAAAAUCUCCGACAAGAUCCAGGUCAAGAUCGAGAAGUGAGUCUAGUUUGAAACGAUCACGCAGUGAGGACAAUAAGACGCCAGCACUUCCGAGGUAUUAUGGCCGACGUGGAAAGUCAUCAAGUCUUGAACUAGAGUUAUCUGAUAACGAAGUAAAAUCCAGUCCAACAGUACCAAAAACACCAAUGACUAACGCAAGCACGAACAAGCCAAAAGCAGGGUUAAGUACAAAUUCUGGUGGCGGGCACAAAUCAUUGAAAAUAACACCUCAGGAGCGGCUUAAGAGGAAAAUGCAGGCUCUGCUAAACAGACAGUAUAAAGCUGAUAAAAAGGCUGAACAGUUAAGAAUUGAGAAAAUGGAACAACAGAGACAAGAUCGGGAAGACGAAAUUCGAGAAAUGUCUCUGAAGCUUCGUAGAAAACAAAGAGAGCGAAGACAUCGAUAUGAGGGUCACAGUUCUGACACUCGUUCUUCUGUAUCUCGUUCGCCAACCCCCAAUCGUAGUCCAAGGCACUUCGCUGUGCGUCGCGAGAGACGGGAUUUGGAUGGUGAUCGUGAACGGGAUAGAGACAGAGAAAGAGAUCGACGCAGUGAUCGCGACCGAAGUAGAACUGAAUCAUCACGCAGACGAUACAGAGACUCGCCGCACCGUUCGUUGAGUCCAAAGAGCAGUCGAGGCCUAGUCGACUAUUGACUUCGGGACACACUUUAUCUUCCAUCCAAAUGAUCUAAAAAGGACGGACGUUUUAAAUACUUCCUGUUUAACUUCAUCCCUUCCUUGAAAAGCUGUUAAACUUUCUAACAAUGUAUACUGUUAUACACUUAUAUCAAUGAUAUGUGAGAGAUACGAGAGUUAAAAAAAAAAGAAAGAAGCGCGAUCACUUGUUCUAAAAUAUGUUAUGAAUUAGUGCACGUAAACAACUUGCUUGAAUCUAUAAAAAUAAAUAAAAACUAUUUAUAUAUAUAUACAUGAAUACAUAUAUAUAAAAUUGUUUCUGCGCACGACUGACUUGCGAUGAUAUGUAAACAUAGCAUAAUGGCAUUUUUGCAAAGAUUGUAGUUUAUAACUUUUAUUUCACGCAAAGUACACUAUCUCUCUCUUGUGUACCGAAAAAAUAAUAUACUUUAUAAUUAUAGGCACUUUAGUUACAUUAUUGUUAAACAUGUCAUUGAUAAUAAUAAAAACGCUCCAUUGUGGAGUAAGACUAGCUUUUAUCUUAA